GUGGCAUCUGAUCUUCCCAAGCUAGUGGAAGGCCUUAAACGUCUGGCAAAAUCAGACCCUAUGGUCGUGUGUACCAUGGAGGAAUCUGGUGAGCACAUUGUUGCCGGUGCUGGAGAACUUCACCUGGAGAUCUGUCUCAAGGAUUUGCAAGACGACUUUAUGGGUGGAGCUGAGAUCAUAAAAUCUGAUCCUGUCGUCUCCUUCCGUGAAACUGUCCUUGAGAGGUCAUGCCGCACAGUGAUGAGUAAAUCCCCCAACAAACACAAUCGUCUGUACAUGGAAGCACGCCCUUUGGAAGAUGGACUGGCAGAGGCUAUUGAUGAUGGCCGCAUUGGCCCACGAGAUGAUCCUAAAGUACGUUCUAAAAUUUUAUCGGAGGAAUUUGGUUGGGACAAAGAUCUUGCUAAGAAGAUCUGGUGUUUUGGUCCUGAGACUCUUGGACCCAAUAUGGUGGUUGAUAUGUGUAAGGGAGUACAAUACCUGAAUGAAAUCAAGGAUUCUGUGGUCGCUGGUUUCCAAUGGGCGUCAAAAGAAGGUGCACUGGCUGAAGAAAACAUGAGAGGCAUCUGUUUUGAAGUAUGUGAUGUGGUCCUUCACGCUGAUGCCAUCCACAGAGGAGGUGGUCAAGUCAUUCCAACUGCUAGGAGGGUAAUAUAUGCUUCUCAGUUGACUGCGAAACCAAGGCUUCUUGAGCCAGUGUACCUGGUGGAGAUUCAGGCUCCGGAGCAAGCUCUUGGUGGUAUCUACAGUGUUCUUAACCAGAAGCGUGGACAUGUCUUUGAGGAGAUGCAGAGGCCCGGAACCCCUCUUUACAACAUCAAGGCAUAUCUCCCUGUUAUUGAGUCCUUUGGGUUCUCGAGCACGCUGAGGGCUGCAACUUCCGGACAGGCAUUCCCACAGUGUGUUUUUGACCAUUGGGACAUGAUGUCGUCGGAUCCAUUAGAAUCUGGUUCUCAGGCUGCUCAGCUAGUCGCAGAUAUCCGCAAGAGGAAGGGGUUGAAGGAGCAAAUGACCCCACUCUCUGAGUUCGAGGACAAGCUGUAAAUCACAUGCGAGGUUAAUUGUUGAGAAGCGCUUAAAAUUUUGCAGUUGGGAGGUUCUAAUUUUUUACUCUCUGUUCUGCCUCAUGGAUAAAUUUUAGUUUUUUUUUCUAGAAGAUUGUGUUGUGUUUGACUAUUUUGUUUUAUUUUUCAUUUUUUUGUUUAAAUGAGAGAGGAUCGUGUUUUGUUAUUCACCGGCUUAAAAUUUCACAAUGAAGUCCAGUACAAUUAGUCUGUUUCCCUGGUUUGGACAUUUUUCGUUUCAUGCCAGCUAUAUUUCUUCAUAAAAGCGACAAUGUAGCUUUUUAUAA